AUGGCAGGCAACAAGCCCGACCGUGGAGAACAAGGUCAGUGGCGAAUUAGCAAUCUGUCACCCGACGACACACCAGCGAAUGCCGGACGAAUUGAUGGCCGGACCGCCAAUGCCCCGAGCCGAGCCCGUAACCCGGAGCGUGAGCGGCUGUUCCAGUGGAAACGACUUCGACCUCAGCCGAGACAGGUGUCGCUUCUCUGGGACGAUACUACGUCGAACUUCUUCCGCACUGCUAUCAGUCUGGUGGAACAAGAUGUGAGCCUGGCGCAAGAGGUCGUCAAGGAGAUGGCCGCUGACGGUCGGCUGCCGCUCGUCAGAGAUGUCAUUGAGGGAGCCGCUUCAGCUAGAACGCCCGAGGCCAAAGCUCUUCUCUGGGAAUCGCGUAUUUCGCCCCUGUUCCGAGUCUUGCUCCACCCGACUGUCGUAGACUCGGUGGUUCUCGAACAGGAAACGGCUGUGCUCUAUCGAUUGCUCCUGGGAGUUGACGCCACACGCCUGAAAACCCUCUUCAACUUUGUCUUCGAUGUCGUUGAUCACUGGUACGAGUUGCCUUUCGAAGACACGGCUGUUUCUGCCAUGGAAGCACUUGCUCUAUCCUGCGGCGUCUUAGCCAAGGUUAUCAACACCAGCACCUCGAAUAUUGUCAAUGCCCUCUUUCACCCCAUUGUCGAAGGAAUCAAGCUGCGAUUAGAUGUUUUCGGCAACAAAGAUAGCGACUUCCAUACCCUGCAAGCAACAAGGCAUCUCGACUAUGUUUACUGUCGCCUGGGUAUCGGCCAAACUCUGGUCGACGCUGUCCAUAUCUCGGCUUCUUCUGGUGCCGUGGCCGAAUUCACUCUCAGCCAGGAUUUGCCUGGAAAACUUUCCAAACGCCGCGAGCGCCACGACAAUGACCACCAGGAUAUUUCGGAUAUCAAGCUCAUGCCUACCCACCAAGAAAUCAUGUCUUCUCGAGAUGAAUACUUGCCGGUCGCCAACCCCGCACAACACCACUUGCAAGGCCUGCGAGGUUUGCUAGAUCGGCAUUUCCGCCUGUUGCGCGAGGACACACUCCAUGAUUUACGAAGCGCCAUUCGCACAACCGUGGAGUCAAAUGUCAAGGUGCGAGAUAUUCGGACACGAGUCGUUGCCUACGACAACGCCUUUGCUGUUGACAUGACCUUCGACAGAUGGUCAGGUCUUGAGUUCAUUAUCCAGAUUGACCAACCCCGACCGACAAGAGGUUUAGACAAAUUGCAACGCGGCACUUGGUGGGCAGGAAAGAAACUCAUGGAUGGAGCUCUUGUUUGUAUUGUUGAUGAAGUGGGUGGUAUUUUCUUCUUCCAGGUCUCAAAGUCGACCAUCAGAACUCCCAAAGAUGAGACCCAGCAGGGUCAAGGAGACAACCAAGAGGAGGAUAAGAACGAUGCACCGCGCUACAGUCUGCUAGACGAUGAAAACCACGCAUACGUACAUCUACAUCUCGUCGACACAGGAAUCGACGAAAUCAAGAGAUCUCUCAGGUGGUUCAAGACCAUGCAGAUCGUCCGCCAGCAUCGUCGUCUUCUCGAAUUCCCGUCUAUCCUACUGGCUUCUUUCACCCCUCCGUUGAAGGCAUUGCAAAACAUGUCAAAGACCCUGGAUCUCCCUUUCCAAGACCUCCUAACGCUUCGUGCUGGGAGUCGAACAGCGGAUAAUCCUCCCCCACUCUACUCCAGGCGACCUGAUUUCUCUUUCAAUCUCAGCUGCCUGUCGACUGAUGGCAGGAAACUUUCAUACACUCCCGGCGACGCGAUCAAUCCAUCGCGUCUAAGCAGGCACUCCAGUCUUGAUAAGACUCAAUCCGAGGCCAUUCUCAAUUCACUCAGAAGAUCCUUCGCCCUGAUUCAAGGUCCCCCGGGUACAGGGAAGAGCUAUACCGGAGAAGCGCUCAUCAAAGUCUUGCUUGCCAACAAAUCGAAGGCAAAGCUGGGGCCCAUCAUGUGCGUUUGCUACACCAACCAUGCUUUGGACCAGUUGUUGGAGCAUCUUUUGGAUGGUGGUGUCCAGAAUAUUAUUCGCAUUGGCUCCCGAUCAAAGUCUGACAGGUUGGCUCCUGUAAAUUUGAGAGCGGUGGCUCGAGACAUGACCCGCACGGCUGCCGAAAGUCGGGCUCUUUACAAAUCUGUCGAGACUUUGGACGGCGACACAGGACAGAUUCGCGGUACGCUUUCGGAUUUCAUCUUCAGCAGAGACAACGAAAAGAUUCGUCUUCACCUUGCCGAACACUAUCCUGCCCAACACGAAGAGCUGAUGGGGCCAACCUUGCCGAACUUUGAUGAUGAAAAAGAGAGAUGGCAGACUGUAUCCUACUCACGCGGCAAUGUAUUCAAGAGGUGGCUCGCUGGCGGCGCGCCUACCAAUACGACGCGCCCACUUCGGCGCUUGCGCCAAUUGAAGCUAGCCGACCUCUACCAUCAGGAACGUAUCCUGCUCUACCAAGAAUGGCUUGAUGAAGUGUUGAGAGGAGAGAUUGAUUCGCUGUCGAACAUGCACAAGGUUUACCAGGAACACAAAGAGAACAACAACAAAAUCAGGAGCUCCAUUGAUCUGCGUUGUCUUCAAGAAGCGAACAUCAUUGGUGUUACAACCACCGGUCUCGCCACCAAUCUUGACCUUCUUCGACGGGUGCACGGCAAGGUUCUUGUGUGCGAGGAAGCGGGCGAAGUUUUGGAAGCCCAUCUUUUGACCGCGCUCCUGCCGACUAUUGAGCACGCCAUUCUGAUCGGGGACCAUCUUCAGCUACGCCCUCAGAUACAAGACUGGAGACUCCAACGAGCAAACCCGGCUGGCGUCAAAUACUCCCUAGAUGUGUCACUCUUCGAGAGACUUGUUCAACCACCUCCAAACGUACCGAGCAUCCCGUUCAGUGUCCUCGAUACGCAACGUCGGAUGCACCCAUCGAUAGCGGAACUAGUACGAUCAACAUUGUACCCAUCUUUGUCAGACUCUGAAAACGUGCAAGACUACCCCGAGAUCCCAGGCUUGGCUCGGAGGCUGUUCUGGCUUCACCACGAAAGCCCAGAAUCGGGGGGAAAGUCUGAUCAGGACUCUGUUGAGACGUCAUACUCCAACAAUUUCGAGAUUGAGCUUGUCUCGGCGCUUGUAUCGCAUCUGUUAAGGCAGGGUGUAUACAAAUCUGGGGAAAUUGCCGUCUUGACACCUUAUUUAGGACAACUGAACAAGCUGCGACAGAAGCUCAGCUCCGUCAUGCAGAUCGUCAUCAACGACCGGGAUAUGGAUGAUCUUGCUGAGAUGGAACCUGCUUCUGCUGCCCAAGGCAGCUUCACGAACGUGGGACAAGCCGCGAAAACAAAUGCUCUGAGCGGUGUUCGAGCCGCAACGGUCGACAAUUUUCAAGGCGAGGAGGCCAACGUUGUCAUUAUCUCACUUGUCCGCAGCAACAACGACAACAGGUGUGGAUUCCUCAGUACUUCUAAUCGCAUCAAUGUUCUGCUGUCUCGGGCUAAGCACGGCAUGUACAUCAUUGGCAAUUCACAUACCUCGAGCCAUGUCCCGAUGUGGGCGCAAGUCACGGAAAUCCUUCAGAACGGUGGCAACUUCGGCAACAGGUUGGAACUACAAUGCCCGCGACACCUUCAGAACAAGAGCUUUGUGUCACAGCCCGAAGAUUUCCUUCGAUUUUCUCCGGAUGGUGGGUGCAAACUCCGGUGUGACCGUCGGCUCGCAUGCGGCCACGCCUGUACUGGCCCUUGCCACUCCGACCACCUCCACAACGCCAUCAAAUGUCUCGAGGACUGUGCCAGGCCGAAGGUGAAUUGCGACCACCCAUGCCGCCGACGCUGCGGAGAGCCUUGCGACAAGCUUUGCACAGAGGUGCUGCGCGGCGUCGGCCUGAAGCUUCCUUGCGGUCACACUCUUGACACGGUCGCUUGCUGGAAAGCUCAAGACCCGUCUUUAAUCCAGUGUGUCGUGCAAGUCGACAAAGUAGUGCCGGGAUGUGCUCACGCUGUCAAGGUGUCCUGCCAUGUAAACGUUACCAGGGACAGCUAUCCUUGCAAGAGCGAGUGUGGCUUUCGGCGGCCUUGCGGUCACGCAUCCACUCUUGUCGAGCAGCUUGCCAUAGCGAUGAGUUGCGCCGCUCCUUGCGAUUGGAUUCCCUGCACCAAGCGGUGUACCGAGGUAUUGAAGUGCGGACAUCAAUGCCCCUCUGUCUGCGGUGAACGUUGUCCAGCCGAGAAGUAUUGCCAGACAUGCGCCGCGGAUGACAUCAAGAAUAGGGUGGUCGAUCUCAUCCUCAUGGAUGACUACGGUUCAGUGGACCUGGACGAGGAGCCCUGCAUCUUCCCAGACUGCGGCCACUUCUACACUUACACGACCAUGGACGGACAGAUGGGUCUCCGGGAUCUUUACGAUGUCUCGCCUGAAGGAGUGCCGACGGCCGUCAAAUCGGGGUCCCACCCAUUCUCGGUGACUAACAUCAAAGUGUGCCCCGACUGUCGAGGGUCUCUAAGAAACGUAUCCAGAUAUGGGAGAAUCGUUCGACGUGGUCUUCUUGAUGAGUCGACGAGGAAGUUCAUCAGCUGGGCCCACAGCGUCAAGCAGAAGUUGACAGACGCGUUUUUCGCUGCACAAGACAACCUGCAGAAGAUGGAGAAGAAUAAAUUCAGCUUUCCUACCACGCAGUUGGGGUUUCCCAUGCCCCAGUCGGCAUUUGCUCUCAGAGGAUCUCGGCAGCAACAAAUGACCCAUCUCUUCAAGCUCACGGGAAAUACCAGGCACGCGGUACUCAAGACGCUCCGAAAUCAGAUCGCCAAUUUUCUCGGGUCAGUAAGGAAAGAAGAGCAGCCGUAUCAGCGCGUGGCACACUUGGUCUGGCACGUAAACAAGCGGCGGCAAACCAGCGACUACUCAUUUGACGAGUCGGCAAUCCAAAUGGGUGGAAUCCUGGACGCCAUGACGCUCUCGCUACGGUGUGAUCUUCUCCUGGUCUCUGACUAUAUCAGUCUAUGCCGCAACAUGACCGACAACGACAGCGACGGUGCCAAGUCCGCCAGUAUUGAUCCCAUGCCAUACAUCAAGGACUGCAAGCAACUGAUUGAGACUGCACGAAUGAGAAAUUAUUCCCGGCUGGAAGUUGAAGGCCACAUCUGCCUCGCCAUGUUUUGUUACUUUGCACCGCCUGACGAUGCUAAGCCGACGACUGACGCACCAGAGGCACCUAAAGCAGAAAACUCAUCCACGAAAGAAAGUAUGAUCAAGCUCGGCGAGGACCACCUUUUGAAAGCUGAGAAGAUCAUCAAAGCAAAUCCGUCCGCAGCCACGAUGGCCUCCGAAGUCGAGACCGCGAGGCGCAUGCUCCACGACGGAGUCUUCUACAGCGAAGUUUCCACUGACGAAAUGCGAGCCGUCUACGCAGCCAUGAGCAAGGAGUUCUUGGGAACAGGGCACUGGUACACAUGCCGCAACGGACACCCCUUCACCAUUGGAGAGUGUGGUAUGGCGAUGCAGCAGACGGUGUGCCCGGAGUGCAACGCUCCGGUCGGCGGUCGGAAUCACUCUUCGGCGGAAGGCGUGAGGCAUGCGGUGGAGAUUGAUGCACUUGCGCGCGGCAUCGGAAGAAUGGGAUUCUGA